AUGACGGGCUUUAGCAAUAAGGCCAUAGUUAUCGAUGGCCGUGGCCAUCUCCUCGGCCGCUUGGCCGCCGUAAUUGCUAAAGUCCUUUUGGAAGGUAACAAAGUUGUUGUUGUACGAUGUGAACAAAUUAACAUCUCAGGAAACUUCUUCAGAAACAAGUUGAAGUUCAUGUCAUUUCUGCGAAAGCGCUGCAAUGUAAACCCAGCCCGUGGACCAUUCCACUUCAGAGCCCCAUCUAAAAUCCUGUGGAAAACUGUCAGAGGCAUGAUACCUCACAAAACAGAGCGUGGAAAGGAUGCUCUCACAAGGCUUCGCUCAUAUGAUGGCUGCCCGCCACCUUUUGACAACCGUCGCAGAGUGGUUGUUCCAGCUGCAUUAAGAGUAUUCUGCUUGAAGCCUGGCCGUAAGUACUGUCACGUCGGUCGUCUUUCUCACGAAGUUGGCUGGAAGUACCGCGAUGUUGUUCGCAAACUUGAGGACAAGAGGAAAUUCAAGGCAAUCCACAAAGUCGCUUAUGAAAGAAAACUUAAGAAAAUCACUAAGGAGGCCGGUGACAAAGUUUCCAAAGCCACAGCACCGUUCACCGCUGUCAUGCAAUCCUACGGAUACAAUUAG